UUUUUGAUAAAGCUUCGCAGUUGCGUUCAUACUAAAUAACAAUCGUUCUGUGUACUAGAGAGUAUUAAAAACGUCGACGAAUCGGAAUGCUAUGUACUGUUAAUUCUGUCGUGGCCACGGAAACAUAGGUCUAAGUUCAGCGUAAAAAUAUAAAGUGUUUUAUUCAUAUCGUUGUCGCGUAUUUUGAAAUACUCGAAUAAAUAUUCUAGCAAUUUCAAAUCGUAUUUGCUUAAAUAUUUCGUUAUUAUAAUACUAAAACUGAAAUCUAUUAAAUGAAAGAAUUUUCAGUAGUACUGAUAUAAAUUUGUAUUAAACUUUGAGGAACAGAAACAAAACACAAUGGAGGUACUGAAUAACUUUUCGGUCGGAGUUGAAUUUGUCUUAAGUAAUUCCUCGAAUUAUACAAACACAUCGCAUACCGAAUAUGAAUAUCAUGCACUCAGUGAACCACCCUUAGAAGAACUAAUACCCGUAUCAAUAAUAUAUGGAAUAACGUUGGUUCUCGGCAUGUUGGGAAAUAUAUUAGUGAUAUUUUCAGUGACAAGGUACCAGCAGAUGUUGACUGUAACGAACACGUUUCUCCUAAGUUUGGCAUCUGCAGACCUUCUACUUGUUAUAAUAUGUGUGCCGGUCAAGUUUGCUGCAUUUUUCUCAUACGUGUGGCGCUUUGGAGAAUUCCUCUGUAAAACGGUGCACUAUGUUCAGAAUGUAUCUACCAUUUGUUCCGUGGCAACCCUCACUUUUAUGAGUUUAGAAAGGUAUUAUGCGAUUGUUCACCCUAUGAAGGCUAAAUAUUCGUGUACGGUUGGCAAAGCACGGCGGGCUUGCAUUUUUCUGUGGGUGCUUUCAUUUAUAUUGGCUCUGCCAAUCUUGAUUGGAAGGGUACACAUCACUGUUGGGCUAUACAGGAAGGCAACUUGGUGUAUAAAGGAAUGGAAGAAUCCGACUUACAGCAUCUUAUAUGAAAUAUACAUGUUUUGUAUUAUUCUCGCAUUCCCUGUUCUAAUAAUGAGUUUUGCAUACAUCAGAAUAUGUCAGGAAUUGUGGUUUAUGUCACAGCACAGAUCUAUCAUGAGGAACGACUCAAGACUGUCCUGUAUAUCAAAAAUAAGCAAUUCCAAAAGUCAGCAAGUGACAGCAUUGAAAGUCAAGUUUGUUGAUGAUGACAAUACUAAAAGACAGGUGAUUAAAAUGCUGGUCGCAAUUAUUCUCAUAUUUGUCAUCUGCUGGGCACCUAUUACUGUAAAUAACCUCCUGGUUGCCUUCAAAAUACUUCCAGGACUUCAUAUUGGAUCAGUGAAAUAUAUGAGAGAAGCAUUCCAUAUCAUGUCGUACGCUAACAGUUGUGUAAAUCCUAUUGUUUAUGGUUUCAUGUCAAAGAACUUCAGACAGACCUUUGUAAAAUCACUUUGCGGUUGUCUACGUGGGAAGGAAUACAUUCGACGGCAGGUGUUUAAAAGUCAGACAGAGGUUUCUUACAUGACGGAAGAUGCAUACCCCGCUCGGUGGACUACUCAGGAACAAAAGGGAAUGUUAUCAAAUCAAUCAACAAUCGAUGAGGACUUUAUAGACAUUGAUGAUAACAAAGAAUGCUCAGAAAACGUUUUAAGCACAGGAAUGUGAGCAUACACGUUGUAAAUACCCGUUAAAGUAUAUAUUUUGUAGACUAAAUGGACAUACGUACUAUAUGAACCGUCAGAGAAUCACUUAAUAUAGAAUCAGCACCAAUAAGUAAAUUACUGUAUCAUUUUUGUUUAUCACGUUACAUUGCAAAACGUAACUGUUUCAGCUUCAACGAUAUACGUUAAAAAGUUUUAAACACAUCUGCAGAUGUUUCUGAAUUCAAAAUUUCACCAUUUUCUUGUUAAAUGUUGAAUUCUGCUUAAGCCGGU